AUGGGGAUCCAAAAUACCGGCAGAGACGGCAAGUUUGAUAUAUUUUGGGCUAGAUUGUUGUUAAUGUUUGGUGGACCGUUGGGACUUCAUCUUGUUUAUUUGCGUGAACCUCUUGAAGCCUACAUGUACUUCGCAACGUUCGGUUUCUGUUUUAUUGCUGUAUUCUGUGAUACAUGGACGUUAAGUUAUCGAGUAACUGCAAAAAACAAGAAUAACAUGAAAAAUGUCAACAAUGAUCGAGUUGUUAAGGUCGUAGCCAGUUCAAUCAUUCGAUUUGUUGCACAGUUCCUGUUCGGAUGUUGGAUUGGAUCUUUAUUUAGUUUGGUCACAAUUUUACUGGUGGGCUCAGAGAGUCGCGGUGUAUUAGCAUUAUUUAUAGCUGUUGGUGUAACGAAAGGUGUUUUCGUUGUUGGAAAUUGUCGAGGACAACAACGUAGUCUAAUAUAUAUAGCGAUUUCGGCAGCUACUUCUUCCCACAUAACCAUUCUCUCUUUAAUUCAUUCCUUUAUCAUGGCAAUUAUAAUAACUGGCUUGGUUCGAGGUGUGCUUGAUCGACGAAUCUCGGUCAUUUCAGAGAAUACUUAUUCUCGGGUGACCGCGUCUCUUGGUUCAGCUAUUCGAGAUAAAUACUUUCUUUCUCCUAGUAGAGAUAUUUUCUCAAACACUGUCUACAUUGAAUAUCUGCCACCACAGCGAAUGGCGGUGACCAACAACUACUGGUUUUCACUAGCAAUUCAUCAGAAAAGUUGGGAUGAAUUGAGUUUUUUCGACUAUUUAGCUGUAUUAAUUGUCGAUUUCAUGCGAUAUAGUUCUAAGCUACAAAAGAAGGAUGAUAAUCAAACAUCCAAAGCGUUGCAGAUGGCUCUUAGGAGAAUGUUUAUUCUGCAGUUUUUCGAUGUCUCACCAUUUGCAUCCGAUGAGGAAGUUGGGAAGAAAUGUUCUAAAUAUAUAACAAAAGGAAAAAUAGUUGAGGGAGCAGCGGACAGCACUAUUGGUUGGCAGUAUAGAACAGUCAAAAAAAGUUGCGAACUGAUUGCAUCUUGGCAGUCAAGUAAAAUUAUUAAGUAUUAUCCAUUCAUUCCUCGAUUACUCUGUGUUCUCGUCACACUGUCAUUAUUUGCUGGGCUGGUUGCGGGUUUUGCGUUAUCACUUCUCUUUUUGCUAUAG